ACCAUUAGACCGUCAGCUACGUCUACGAGUAUAUCCACAGCAACAUAUUUAAAAAAACUCAUCAGUUUUUGAUGACUCAGUGUCGUUGGUAAUUAUUUAUCCUCUUAUCUGUUUUAAAUUGCAACCUGCAAAACCUAGCAAUCAAAGUCGAGCGAGUACAGCAUCGUACGUAGUUACGGACCUACAAAAAAUGGAUAAACGUUUUAGUUCCACGAACAAACAGGAAAUCUUUACGCAGCAUACCUCAAAUCAUUCGUCACACUCAAGAUCAGAGAACGUACUUUGCAAUGUGUUAAAAGGAAUUCGUUUCUCUUUUGGUUUAUAUAGCAAGAACAAUUUGAGCAGUGUUUGUGUCUUAUUUUUAUGAAAGAAGAAGAUGGUUGUCAAUUAUUUACACUUUCUCGUGCUGUCGUUGGUGUUUUGUUUUUGUUCAACGAAUCCUUUACAUUUCCGAAGUGCAAAUUAUGAAAGACAAAUACGGCCUGCUUUUCAAAAUGGCGUCUUCAAUUUUGGUUUUCAAUUGAACAUUCCAGAACCGUUAAUAGGCUUCCGGCUUACAGAAAUGAAAAAUACGAAUAAAUAUUUUGGAUCUACUUUUAAUGCAAUUCAAUCUAAUUUGCCUAUGAUUACUUCAAGAGCUGGUGCCACCGAUACUUUUUCUCACUCCAAUAAUGCUAUCAAUGAAAGAGAUAAGGGAAAUCAAAAGGAUACUCCUUUUAGCUCCAAUGAAAUUCCUCAAAAAAAUAAAGAAGAGUCUGAAGAUAUUUCUACUGAAAACACAGAAACAACUUCAUUCACGACAGACGAACCAUCUACUACUGAAAGCACAUAUGAAACAACGACAGAUUCUGAAUACACAACAUCAAUAUAUUAUGAUGACGAAUUAUUCAACCGGUCAGGAGUUUCCGCGCAGCUACUAGCUUCUUUGGUUGGAUGACAAACUAUAUUAUGUAUUGACAAAACAGACUAGAACUGUGGACGAUGGUAGAUCGAUGUUAAUAUUUGAAUGUAUCUGCAAUAACUUACGUAUUUAGGACAGAUUUUCGGUCCUCAAAAAUAUAUCCAUUAAGUAAGUUGAAGGUUAAAAGAAAACAAAGGAACUCAACAUAGAACUGGUUUUUGUUAUUGACUACAUUUUAUAUGAUAAUUAAAAAAAUAGCCUUAAUCGUUUACGAUGUGUGUAUUGUUUUAUAAAUUAAAUUUAAAGUAUACAACUAAAAGAGAUGCUUUUGUCAGUCUGUGUCAAUAAAUUCAAAAAUCGAUUUUAUAAAUCCCUUAUUACGUAAAAUCACGACCCUGUGAAAACUCACUCGUAACUAUUAGCAUUGCCGGAACUUGUUAUGUACCAUGAUAAAAAGUAUUAUAUGUAAUAAUCCAAGCUAUAAACUAUCAUCAUGCAAAUGUUGAUUAAAGUCCCUUUUGCCGUUUUUGCGUGAUUGAGUUUGUUACUCACACUCAUAUGUACAUUCAAAUAUACAAGCGUUCAUAUUCAUAAUCUCUAUAUAUAAAAAUGAAUUGCUGUUCGUUAGUCUCGCUAAAACUCGAGAACGGCUGGACCGAUUUGGCUAAUUUUGGUCUUGAAUUAUUCGUGGAAGUCCAGGGAAAGUUUAAAAGGUGAAAAAAUAUAAAAAAGCUCGGAAUUAUAUAAAAACAAACAAUUUUGUUUUUCCUUUGAUGUGUCCCCUUGAUGUGUCUUUUAUUUAUCGAUUGAGGCACUACGAAUUCUGCCGGGUCAGCUAGUAUAUUCUAAAAAUCGUUUCUGUUAGAAUAUUGUUUGUAAUAAUCAUGAUUAAAAGCUUAUUUUAGUAUAUUCUGUUAAGAAGGUUAUGUAACUGUAUUUUGUUAAAAUAAUAAAGUAAUUCGGUGGUUUUA